GCUCAAACAAGCGUCUACAAGGCUCCCAAGAUUUUUACAGGCUAAUAUGAACUUCCAACAACUUUUACUUCACUGCACUUUUUGUCUACUGAUGAUGACUUUUAACUGAGCUUUCUUGUGUCUUCAUCAAGAUUUAUGUUGUUUUGUUCAAUGUGCAAUUCUGGUUCAAGAGGAUGAGUUUAUUUUUAUUUCUAAAAUAACAAUGUGGGGGAAAAAUAUAGUUUAAAUUUUGUUUCUGGGAUCCAAAAUGACAGGACACACGAGAGAGCUAAACCAUGAGAAUCAGAAAUUCAGUUCCCGGCCAGUUUUCACCUCUCAAAGGGAUAUCACCACCCCUAUAACAACGGUUCCCACAAUAAUUCUUUCCAACCCCACCCCCUCGACUCCAUUUAUCAAUCCAACUUCAACUUCAGACACGUAUUCUUCGGCCAUGGAGUCUCCCAAAAGAUCAUCUCCACCGUCGUCAGGGACUAGUUGGUGCAUUGCUAGUCAAAAUGCAUCACGAAAGGUAUUACAAAUUGCUCUAGACUACACAUGUGGCUAUGGUGGUACUGAUUGUUCAGCAAUUCAAGCUGGUCAGAGGUGUUACAACCCAAACACCAUUCAUGAUCAUGCCUCCUACGCCUUCAAUAGCUACUAUCAAAAGAAUCCUGUUCCAGAUAGCUGUAACUUUGGUGGGACUGCUGUCAUCACUAGCACCGACCCAAGUACUAUGGCAUGUGAGUACACAUCCACUAGCACAAGUUCAUCAGUUCUAAACACCACAAGUUCCAAGGAAUCAACCGUGUUUGGUGCUGUACCCUCAAGCCCAACUCCUUCAGCAGCAACCUGUCAAGAAAUAAAUGUUCUUCAACAACUAUUGUUGUUGACAAUUGUUUCUCUAAGAUUAUUACACACUAACUAUCUUUAUGGCUGAUUGGGACAGUAAAACCAACUUAAUUUCUUAUAAAA